AUGAAAUCAGUUAUUACUACUAUAAUCAGCGCUGCUGAUGCUGCUGGUCGUUUCCUGACUAGCUCAGAUCUUGAAUCAGUUCAAGGAAAUAUUCAACGUGCGGGUGCAAGAUUAGAAGCAGCUGAAAAACUUGCAAAUAAUCAUGAAGCUGUUGUAAAAGAAGCUGGAGAUGCUUGUUUUGCUAAAUAUUCAUUCUUAAAAAAUUCAGGUGAAGCUGGAGACAGUCAAGAAAAAGUCAAUAAAUGCUAUAGAGAUAUAGAUCAUUAUAUGCGUCUAAUUAACUAUGCUUUAAUUGUUGGUGGAACAGGACCUUUUGAUGAGUGGGGUAUCGCUGGUGCACGUGAAGUUUACAGAGCAUUAAAUCUACCAUCUGCUUCUUAUCUUGCUGCAUUUGUAUUUACUCGUGAUAGAUUGUGUGUACCUAGAGAUAUGUCAGCACAAGCAGGCUUAGAAUAUGGUGCUGCUCUAGAUUAUGUUAUCAAUUCACUAUCUUAA